CUCCCUACUGGACAGUUGUUUCUCGUUACUUGAAAUAAAUUCACUUUUGUCACAGUCUAUUCAGAGGAAAAUAUUUUCAUUAUUUUUCUAAAAAGGAAUAUUAACGGGACGCACUUGAAGGCAGCACGCCGUGCGUGAUGACGACAUUAGAUUGUCGUCGUAAAGAUGGCGGCCGUUGCGGUGUUAGCAGAGCUGAAGCUCAGAGACGGACAGAGAGAGAAGAUCAGCGUUAAAGUAGAAAAUAAUCUCACUUCUCUCAUCAGCGGAAUUAACGAGCUCAACGCGAACGUGUCGCAGCUGCUCAGCGAACUGGUGGAGCAGGAGAAGACCCACGGAGUCUGCGCACAGGGUGAGGAAGACGAGGAGAGCGAUGAAGAUGAACCAGACAACGUCCCAAACGUGGAGCUACAACCUCCAGCUAAAAGAUCCAGAAGUUGAGGACUCAUUUUAUUGAUGUUGUAUUAAAGUUGUCAUGAUAAACAGUG